CCAUUGGUGAGAUAACUCCAAAUCCUUGGCUCGUGUUUCGUAACAAAGUCUCUUAAGAAAUUCUAAAUGGAUUUGGACCUUAAAGAUGAAAAACAAGCAAAAGAAUAUUUGGACAGACUUGGAAUUGAGUACAGAUUCCAGUGUUAUCAUGAGAAUAUUCCGGAUGGGUGUCAUAGACUUGCAGACUUCCUAGAAGGUAUGAGAAAAGAAUUUGAGAAAGCUGGUAAAGUUUACAAAACAAAUUGUGAUCAAAAUAAACAUAAUCAAAGUUGUUUUAAAUAUGGUGUUUACAGCUUGACAGGUAAAGGGGGAGUUGAAACUGAUGCAGAAAAGGCGCUUGAAUACUUUACAAAUGCUUGUAAUUUGGACUAUAGCCCAGCUUGUCAUAAUGCUGGCUUGAUACAUGCUAGUAAGAAACUGAACACAAAAUAUGAUAUGUCAAAAGCCGUGGAGUAUUUUGAAAAUGCUUGUUCAAAGAACAGUGUAUCUAGUUGUUAUCAGCUCAGUGGUAUUUAUAUUCAAGGACGGGACGAAAUGGAAAAAGACCUGAAAAAAGCAUAUGACUAUUCAUUAAAGGCCUGCAAAUUAGGCCAUGUAUAUUCUUGUUCAAAUCUCAGUCAAAUGUAUAAAAAGGGAGAAGGCGUUGAGAAGGACGAAAAAUUAGCUGAAAAAUAUAAAAAACGUACCAAAGAAUUAAUUGAUGCUGCGAAACAAGGGCGAAGAAUAGUUCUGAAUGAAUGACAUUAUGAAAAGAUAUUUGGUUUUACAAAAAUUAUAAAUACAUUGAAGAUAGUGUAUGCAAAUUGUAUCUAAUAAAUUAUUUGUGAUAGUUUUA